GGUGAGGUUAGUGGAAGCAGAGAAGCCUUGGAGCUGCUCUCCCGGCUCCCUUCCAGCAAGAUGGAUGGAUCAGGCAGCCCUGCACAAGUGGGACCAGGGCGCCAGGGAGCCGGCCGUUCUCCCUCCGAGCCUCCAGCGGGCGCCGUAGCGCUGCCCGUCACUCUCGCGACAACCCUCACGCAGGCGCGCGUCUUUAAGCAACGGAAGAACCAGUAGGUGCGGCAGUGCGUUGGGCGGAAGCGGCUCGCACGCCAAGAGCCGCCAUGCCCGGGGACCACCGCCGCAUCCGCGGCCCUGAAGAGUCGCAGCCCCCGCAGCUGUACGCGGCCGACGAGGAGGAGGCGCCCGCCGCCCGCGACCCAACGCGACUGCGGCCCGUGUACGCGCGCGCCGGGCUGCUGAGCCAGGCCAAAGGCUCGGCCUACCUGGAGGCGGGAGGCACCAAGGUGCUGUGUGCAGUGUCGGGCCCGCGACAGGCCGAGGGCGGCGAGCGCGGCGGCGGCCCGGCCGGAUCUGGCGGCGAAGCCCCGGCCGCGCUGCGCGGUCGCCUGCUCUGCGACUUCCGCCGCGCGCCCUUCGCGGGCCGCCGGCGCCGCGCUCCCCCGGGCGGCGGCGAGGAGCGUGAGCUGGCGCUAGCGCUGCAGGAGGCACUGGAGCCGGCCGUGCGCCUGGGCCGCUACCCGCGCGCGCAGCUCGAGGUGUCGGCGUUGCUGCUGGAGGACGGCGGCUCCGCCCUGGCCGCCGCGCUCACCGCCGCCGCGCUCGCCCUGGCCGACGCGGGCGUGGAGAUGUACGACCUGGUGGUGGGCUGUGGCCUGAGCCUCGCGCCAGGGCCCGCGCCCACCUGGCUGCUGGACCCCACGCGGCUAGAGGAAGAGCGCGCCGCCGCCGGCCUCACCGUGGCGCUCAUGCCUGUGCUUAAUCAGGUGGCCGGGCUGCUAGGCAGCGGCGAGGGCGGCCUGAUCGAGAGCUGGGCGGAGGCCGUACGCCUGGGCCUCGAGGGCUGCCAGCGCCUCUACCCCGUGCUGCAGCAGAGCCUGGUGCGGGCGGCCCGCCGUAGGGGCGCCGCCGCUCAGCCCUGAACUAGAAGCCUGAGCAACGACAGACGCAAGCCAAGGAUCGUGCUGCCGCCGUCCCUGAAAAGACCCACGCCGUCGGCCUCCAGCCUGCGUCAAAAUAAGCAUCCGGAGCCCUGGAGAGCACCUGGCUAGGCCCUAGCAGAGCCAAGGCGCCGGACAGCUGUGGUGUUGGAAAGGGUUUUUACAAACCUCAUUAAAGGAACUUUACUUGAGCCGGCCCUUAGCUGCGACCUAGUUGAGGAAACCUGUGAGCGCAUCCUGACUCCCAAGUUGGAAACUUUAGCUGGACUUACCUAGAAGCUGGUACCUGGAGCUGCUGUCAUUCAGGCCAGCCAGUCACUCCCUCCGAUAUAACUGGGCGACUUUUCAGAGGAUGGACAAGACGACUGUGCCUUCUGUGUCUGAGCCAAAAGAAAGACCCUUUUAUAUUUGAAAAAACGUCUUCUGGUGUGGUUCUUCUUGGUCCGGAAUUUCUAAGAGAGCAAGGCUCCUUUGUUCUUGCAUCCCAGGUGUCAAGGGUCGCGGCGGCAUUGCCUUAAACCGGUUCUGUUCCUUAGGCCCACGUGAACAGGAGAGACGGGCUGAAAAGAGCUGCAGAGCCUGAUGGGAGCGCUGUGAUUUGGAGAAGCAGCUGCCCCCACACGAACCAGAGUCAGGGGAACUGCUGAGAUACGACGAGAGUAGGGAGAGUUGGCCGGGUGCGGCGGCUCACACCUGUAAUCCCAGCACUUUGGGAGGCCAAGGCGGGGAGAUCACCUGAGGUCGGAAGUUUGAGACCAGCCUGACCAACAUGGAGAAACCCCGUCUCUACUAAAAAUACGAAAUUAACCAGCACUAAUGGUGGCGUAUGCCUGUAAUCUUAGCUACUCUCGGGAGGCUGAGGCAGGAGAAUCGCUUGAACCCGGGAGGCGGAGGUUGCGGUGAGUGGAGAUCGCACCAUUGCACUCCAGCCUGGGCAACAAGAGCAAGACUCCGUCUCAGGAAAAAGUAUGGCCCCAGAAGUGCGCUGAGUGCACCGAAUACCCCAACCUGGCUUGGUGCUGGGUAGCUGAAAAGGGUUUUGCUCUGGGUAGAAGCCAUCUGUCCUUGGCCAGGUGCAGAAUGGCACAACCCGAGCCUCCACUGCUGGUGAGAAGUGGCGCCCUGGUCCUACAAGGAAGACCCUGAGCAGCACCGCAAAGGGCAGGUGCACUGCUAGGAAAGCCAGGUACAACCUGACUGACUCACCACGAGGUGGGGUCUUUCCUGUGUCACUACCAGCUCUGCUGGUUUGGGCUCAAGACUGCAUGGGAGGAAGCCAGGUGACUGCCAUUUGGAAGGCGGCCUGGUCCCCUCUCUGCACUCAGCUUCUCUAGGAAGGGCCGACCUGGGUCAGCCCAAGGACCAGAAUGAGUUUCUGGGUCCACACCCAGAACCCCUGACCAGGAAAAAUAUAAAUUUUAUUUUUUCCCUUCUGA